AACAAAAAUCUUAAUCAGUUGCGCGAGCAAAAAACAACGCAAGCGGGACAAAAAUGCCGCAACCGUGUUGAUAAAUUAACAAAAGUGUGCAAUUUGCAAACGUGUGUCCUCGUCUGUGCCUGAGCAGGAGCAAAAGAGACUGGAAGAGCGAGAGAGCAAGAGAGUUUAGCAGCAACGGCAGAGCAGCAGGAAACGCCAAGUUUUGCAAAGCAAAAGAGAAGAAGUGGAUAGUGAGGAGCGCAGCGCGCACAGAACAUGAAUAACAGAGAUGCCAUCGGCACGUCCUGGUAGUCUCAAAGAUCCGGAAAUAGCCGAUCUAUUCAACAAGCAUGACCCGGAAAAGAUCUUUGAGGAUUUGCGUGAAAUUGGCCAUGGCUCCUUCGGUGCCGUCUACUAUGCGCGCUGCAAUCUCAACAAGGAGAUUGUGGCCAUCAAAAAGAUGUCCUAUACGGGCAAGCAGAGUCAGGAGAAAUGGCAGGACAUACUCAAGGAAAUACGCUUCUUACGUCAAUUGAAUCAUCCCAACACUAUUGAAUAUAAGGGAUGCUAUCUGCGUGAAUCCACCGCCUGGCUGGUCAUGGAGUAUUGCGUCGGCUCCGCCUCGGACAUCAUUGAGGUGCACAAGAAGCCUCUGCAUGAGGAUGAGAUCGCCGCCAUUUGUCUGGGCGUGCUCAGCGGCUUGAGCUAUUUGCAUUCGCUGGGACGCAUCCAUCGCGACAUCAAAGCCGGCAACAUACUGCUGACGGACAAUGGCGUUGUGAAGUUGGCCGACUUUGGCAGUGCGGCCAUCAAGUGUCCGGCGAAUAGCUUUGUCGGCACACCCUAUUGGAUGGCGCCCGAGGUUAUACUGGCCAUGGAUGAGGGACAGUACGAUGGCAAGGUGGAUGUCUGGUCGCUGGGCAUCACCUGCAUUGAGCUGGCCGAACGCAAGCCUCCCUACUUCAAUAUGAACGCCAUGUCCGCAUUGUAUCACAUUGCCCAGAAUGAAUCGCCCACGUUGCCGAACAACGACUGGUCGGAUACGUUUUGCAAUUUUGUGGAUCUCUGCCUGAAGAAGAUGCCCGUAGAGCGUCCCUCAUCCGCCAAACUCCUGCAGCAUGCCUAUGUGACGCGACCGCGCUCGGAGACGGUGCUGCUGGAGCUGAUUGCACGCACCAAGUCGGCGGUACGCGAGCUAGACAAUCUCAAUUAUCGCAAAAUGAAGAAGAUACUCAUGGUGGACACCUGCGAGACGGAAAGCGCCGUCGGCGAAAAUGAUGAUCAGCAGGAUGAUCAUGCCGGCGGCGAUAGCAGCAAGAGCAAUAGUAUUACUUCCGAGCACUCCAUACACUCGGUGGGCGUCUCAGCGGCCAGUAGUCAGAGCUCCUCAUCAAAUUCCAUACCAGCUGCUGCUGCACAGAAUCAUCAUCAUCUUGGUGCGCAUCAUUACCAGCAGGCUGCCGCCGUUGCAGCGGCCAUGCAUCAUCAACGCGAACUCCAACAACAGCAGCAGCAGCAACAACAGCAACAACAACAGCAGCAGCAGCAACAUAUGGGCAAUUGGUCCAGUGCUGGUCAGCAGCAGCCGCCCGGCGCCGUCUCGCGCAAUUCGUCGCGACAUCGCAAUCUGCCGCCAUUACCCAACAUAAUGCACAGCAUGAACAACAAUGUGACGCCCACAAAUUCAGCUUCGGUCGUGCCCGCACCGGCGCCAGCGCCGCCGCUCUCUGUAAUGCUGCACAUGGGCACCAGUGGCGGAGUCAUGGGCAUGGGUUCUGGCAGCACUGUGGGCAGCAGCGGCGGCUCACCAGCGGGCGGGGAUCAUCGCAUGCCAGGCAUUGCGCCGCGUUAUCUUUCGACGCCAGCAGGACAGGCAGCGGUUUAUGCUGCGACGUCGGCUUCCUCCCAACAGGCCAUCUCCAAUGCAGUCAACGAUCAUGGACCCAACAAUUUUGCCACCAUUCGCACCACCAGCAUUGUGACCAAACAGCAAAAGGAGCACAUGCAGGAGGAGAUGCAUGAACAAAUGUCCGGCUACAAGCGCAUGCGAAGAGAGCACCAGGCCACGCUGCUGAAGCUGGAGGAGAAGUGCAAGCAGGAAAUGGAAACGCACAAAUCGGCACUGGACAAGGAAUACGAUAAUCUGUUGCAUAACUUCACCAGAGAUCUAGAACGUCUAGAGGCCAAGCAUCAGCAGGACGUGGAGCGACGCUCAAAGCAGACGGCAGCGGCUGAGAAAAAACUACACAAAGAGAUUACUUUGAAGCAGGAGGGCGAUCGCAAGGUUUUCGAUUUGAACCGCAAAAAGGAGUACAAGGCAAACAAGGAGCGCUGGAAACGUGAGCUCUCGAUGGAUGAGUCAACGCCAAAGCGGCAGCGUGAUCUAACACUGCAAUCACAAAAGGAUAAUUUAAAGCAGCAUGAGGCCCAGGAGGAGCAGCGCAUGCUGCAGGGCCAAAAGCAAUAUAUUGACCUCGAGAUGCGCAAAUUUAAGCGAAGACGCAUGAAUCUGCUGCACGAGCUAGAGGAUCAGCUGCUGCGUGAUGAGCUGAGCAAAAAGCAACAGCAGCUUGAGCAGGCACAUGGCAUGUUGUUGAAGCAUCAUGAAAAGACACAAGAGCUGGAAUAUCGCCAGCAGAAGAGCGUGCAUCAGUUACGCGAGGAGCAGAUAAACAAGCAACACGAUACGGAGUUGCACAAUCAAAAAGACUACAUGGAUCGCAUUAAGAAGGAGCUGCUGCGCAAGCAUGCGCUUGAGCUAAGACAGCAGCCCAAGAGCCUUAAGCAAAAGGAGCUGCUGAUACGCAAACAGUUUCGGGAGACUUGCAAAACGCAGACGAAGCAAUAUAAACGCUACAAGGCGCAAGUGCUGCAGACGACACCCAAAGAGCAACAAAAGGAGGUGAUCAAGCAGCUCAAGGAGGAGAAACAUCGCAAGCUGACGCUCUUGGGCGAACAGUAUGAACAAAGCAUUGCUGAUAUGUUCCAAAGUCAAAGCUAUAAACUGGACGAGAGUCAAGUGAUCGAGUGCCAACGUACCAAUGAGCAAUUGGAAUACGAACUGGAUAUGCUCACAGCCUAUCAGAACAAGAACAAGAAGCAGGCGCAGGAGCAGCGCGAUCGUGAGCGUCGUGAGCUAGAGAAUCGCGUCAGUGUGAGGCGCGAUCUCCUCGAGACUAAGAUGGAUGGCGAGUUGCAGCAAUUUAAUGUGGAUCGUGCCGAGAGGCUGCGUCUUAAGCACGAGAAGCAUGCUAAAGAAUUGGAAGCGUUUGAUAAUGAAUCCAUAGUCUUAGGUUUCAGCACUUUAUCACUAAAUGAGGUAUCACGCGAGACCUAUCCGGAUGAGGAGGGCAGCUUGUCUGGUUCCAUGAUUAGUUUAGCUCAUAGCAAUAGUUCAACAAGUUUUCCGGCUGGUUCGCUAUAGCAUAGGCAGCAACAGCAGCAGCAACAACAACACCAUCUACAACAACAACAACAGCAGCAACAUCAACAAACAACACAGCAACCAUAUAGUAAUAUGAACUAUUAUAAUUUUAAUGGAAAUUUUAAUAUAAACACUUUAACAAAAUCGACAACAACAACAGCAACAAAUAGAACCCGACACAAGCAACUAUAAAUUACAAAAAAACAAAGAACAGUUCACUGCUAUUUUUGUAGCCUUAUGAAUGAAUAUUAUACGUUCUCUAACAUAUACAAAAAACAUUUAACUUUAAAAAUAACAAAUUGCAAAACAUCAACAAAAAGAA